AUGGACCUGAAGACAUUCCAGCGCUACACGGUUGAGGCUCCUGACCUCUUGGAGCAGAUAGCUCAGCUCCUCCAGGAAUGUCGGGAGAAGGAGCUCCUGCUUCCCAAGGGAAUCCGGAACCUGUGUGCCCUGUCCUGGGAGGAACUCUCAGACAUCCCUGUUGACGCCAAACCCUUUCACCAGACCAGGGUGUCCGGUAGACCCCCGCGGCCCUACCCCACCCAGGUCGCCUUACCCCCGGACACCCGGCACAGGAUGUCCAUUGUCACAAGUCAGAUCCUGCUGCCCACUGAGUCCUCCCUGUUUGUCCGCCAGCCAACCGCUCGCUUCAGCACCUUGAAGUUCAAGAAGAAGUUCCCUGUCGACCCGGGACAACAACAGUGAGAAACAGAUAUGUCAGUCACACAAAGCAAAACACUCCCAGUUACAGUAUAUCUCUGUGCUCAAACAAUGCAAAUAUCAUGUGACUUCAUCGAUGGAAAUGGCAAAGGGGCUGUAAACUAUUGGGUUGCGAUUGAAAUAAUGUUUAUUUAGUUGAAACUGAAGUAUCCUGAAUGGUACAUUGAUCUCUGUCUGUCUGCAGCGACCUGUAUUCCUGUGACAUCCACUCUGAGGCUCUACCUGGAGGAGUGUCUGUCCCAUCUCUCCUUCUCUCUCAUGUACAAAGGUAACACACUAAUGACAGCAGGACAGGACCCAAGGCCAUGCCUCUCCUUUAAAAUACUGUCACCAAACCACCUGUCACGCCCUGACUCAUGGGACUCUGUAUGUUGAGUCAGGGUGUGGAUAUUCUAUGUUGUUUUUUUCUAUGUUUAUAUUCUAGGUGUUGUAGUUCUAUGUUUGGCCGGGUGUGAUUCCCAAUCAGAGACAGCUGCCGCUCGUUGUCUCUGAUUGGGGAUCAUACUUAGGCAGCCUGUUGGCACUCAUUAGUUGUGGGAUCUUGUUCUGUGUUGGAGGCUUGUAUUGUGUUCAGCCUUAGGACUUCACGUUUCGUUUGGUUUGUUGUUUUGUUCGUGUGUUUAUCGGUGAAAUAAACAUGUAUGCCUUUCACGCUGCGCCUUGGUCUGACCCGUCCUUAAAUGAACGUGACAGAAUAUCCCACCAAAAAUGGACCAAGUAGCGUGCCCAGGAGCAGACAGCCUGAACAUGGGAGGAGAUCCUGGACGGAAAGGGAUUCUGGACAUGGGAGGAGAUUCAGGCUGGGAUGGAUCGCCGUCCUUGGGAGGAGACAGUGGAGGCCCGGUUUAGAGAGGAGCAACGGCAACGCAGAAGGCGCCGGCCGAGGAAGAAGCCCGAGAGACAGCCCCAAGAAAAUUUUUGGGGAGGGGGGCUAAAAUGGUGGUCGGGGAUCGAUGGAGAAGAGCCCCGACCACUGCACUCAUGGGGGCUCAGGGAGGAGUCCUCACGGGAGGAGGACUGGGCGCGGAGAGUGAAAGACUGGUACAGUCGGAGAUCUCUAACGUCAGUUCCCAGUCCGGUACACCUCGUGCCUGCGUCCCGCACCAAGCCAGUGGUGCGUGUUCCCAGUCCGGCCCGGCCCGUUCCUGCUCCCCUCACCAAGCCAGUGGUGCGUGUUCCCAGUCCGGCCCGGCCCGUUCCUGCUCCCCGCACCAAGCCAGUGGUGUGUGUUCCCAGUCCGGCCCGGCCCGUUCCUGUUCCUCGCACCAGGCCAGUGGUGCGUGUUCCCAGUCCGGCCCGGCCCGUUCCUACACCUCGCACCAGACUAGUGGUGUGUGUCCCCAUUCCGGCCCGGCCCGUUCCUGCUCCCUGCACCAAGCCAGUGGUGCGUGUUCCCAGUCCGGCCCGGCCCGUUCCUGUUCCUCGCACCAGGCCAGUGGUGCGUGUUCCCAGUCUGGCCCGGCCCGUUCCUGCACCUCGCACCAGACUAGUGGUGCGUGUUCCCAUUCCGGCCCGGCCCGUUCCUGUUCCUCGCACCAGGCCAGUGGUGCGUGUUGCCAGUUCGGCCCGGCCCGUUCCUGCACCUCGCACCAGACCAGUGGUGCGUGUUCCCAGUCCGGUACGGCCUGUGCCUGCUCCUCGCACCAAGCUAGUGGUGCGUGUCGCCAGUCCGGCCCGUUCCUGUUCCUCGCACUAAGCCAGUGGUGUGUGUCCCCAGUCCGGUCCGGCCCGUUCCUGUUCCUCGCACCAAGCCAGUGGUGCGUGUCGCCAGCCCGGUACGACCCGUACCUGCUCCCCGCACCAAGCCAGUAGUGCGUGUUCCCAGUCCGGCGCGGCCCGUUCCUGCACCUCGCACCAGACUAGUGGUGCGUGUUCCCAUUCCGGCCCGGCCCAUUCCUGUUCCUCGUACCAGGCCAGUGGUGCGUGUCGCCAGUCCGGCCCGGCCCGUUCCUGCUCCUCGCACCAGACCAGUGGUACGUGUUCCCAGUCCGGUACGGCCCGUGCCUGCUCCUCGCACCAAGCUAGUGGUGCGUGUCGCCAGUCCGGCCCGUUCCUGUUCCUCGCACUAAGCCAGUGGUGUGUGUCCCCAGUCCGGUACGGCCCGUUCCUGUUCCUCGCACCAAGCCAGUGGUGCGUGUCGCCAGCCCGGUACGACCUGUACCUGCUCCCCGCUCCAAGCCAGUGGUGUGUGUCCCCAGUCCGGCCCGGCCCGUUCCUGCUCCUCGCACCAGACCAGUGGUGCGUGUUCCCAGUCCGGCCCGGCCCGUUCCUGUUCCUCGCACCAAGUCAGUGGUGCGUGUUCCCAGUCCGGUACGGCCCAUGCCUGCUCCCCGCACCAAGCCAGUGGUGCGUGUCGCCAGUCCGCUCCACCGGUGCCUGAUCCAGCUCCGGUCGGUUGUUCCACUCCAGAGCCAGAGCAGUCCGCUCUACCGGUACCCAGUCCAGCUCCGGGCAGCGGCUCCAUUCCGGAGCCAGAGUAGUCCGUUCCACCGGGGUAGUCCAGCUCCGGUCAGCAGCUCCACUCCGGAACCAGAGCAGUCCGCUCCACCGGGGUCCAGUCCAGCUCCGGUCAGCAGCUCCACUCCGGAGCCAGAGCAGUCCGCUCCACCGGUGCACAGUCCAGCUCCGGUCAGGGGCUCCAGUCCGGAGCCAGAGCAGUCCGCUCCACCGGUGCCUAGUCCAGCUCCGGUCAGCGGCUCCCGUCCAGACCCAGACGUCCGCCCCUCUCCAGGUUCGGGGUCUCCCACACCAGGGUCCAGACAGGGCUUGGUACAUCGUGGGAGGAAGGAGAGGGGAAGCAGCGCGCCGAGGUCCAGACCAGACCAGGGGCGUAACGAGGAGGCUGAGAGAAUGUGGUCGUCACGCCCGGAGCCGGAUCCGCCUCCGAGGCGGAAUGCCCACCCGGACCCGUCCCUGUCAUGUCAGGUUGGUGCGGUCGGAGUCCGCACCUUUGGGGGGGGGUACUGUCACGCCCUGACUCAGGGGACUCUUGUAUGUUGAGUCAGGGUGUGGAUAUUCUAUGUUGUGUUUUCUAUGUUUAUAUUCUAGGUGUUGUAUAUCUAUGUUUGGCCGGGUGUGAUUCCCAAUCAGAGACAGCUGCCGCUCGUUGUCUCUGAUUGGGGAUCAUACUUAGGCAGCCUGUUGGCACUCAUUAGUUCUGGGAUCUUGUUCCGUGUUGGAGGCUUGUAUUGUGUUCAGCCUUAGGACUUCACGUUUCGUUUGGUUUGUUGUUUUGUUCGUGUGUUUAUCUGUGAAAUAAACAUGUAUGCCUUUCACGCUGCGCCUUGGUCUGACCUGUCCUUAAACGAACGUGACACCACCCCGCACCAUCACCAUACAGACUUCAAAACAAAUUCUACACAAUGUUCUUAGCUUAGCAGAGCCUGAUGAAGACAAUUUACACUUGUGAAUGCUACACUAUUUUUGUGAAAUGUGAUUAUUUGUCUAAAAACAUUAAUUUUCCUCAAUAUGGGUAGUCAGACUCGGCUGAAGAUAUACCAUACAAGCUUUCAGAAAUGUCAAAACAAUUUCUACACAAUAUUCAAAAUAUGCAUUUUCCACCCAGACUAGGCUGUACAUGCAGUGUAGGAAUGUAACCUCUCUUCAGACAGUUUUUUCACUUCUUGCAAGUGUAUCUCUCUCUCUCUCUCUCUCUCUAGAGGUGAACAGUGUCCCCUGUACUCCGCGUCUUCACAGCAGGACUCUGGAGGUGUGUUACUGGGCUGUCAACAAGCUCAGACCCAUCCUAGAUCAGAUGUAAGUGGUAUAAACCUAAGGUGCAGACCUCCUCACUCCAGCUCCUGCAGUACAGAUCAACCUGUAAAACCAAGAUACUCCUUCUCCUUCCCCUGGCUACCCUUCUAUGUCUUAACAUAUACUGACUUACAUAGACACUUGUGUAGCCGUUGUGUUGAUUUGAAUAUGCUCCUAUAGAAAAGAGGAGCAUGCCCGGCUGGAUUCGAGAGGCCACACACGCCCCAUGGUGGCUCAACACUACCAGGACUAUAAGGUCCUCCAGCUGCCACAGCCGGCCCCAGCCCAUGCAGAGGACUGCCUCUUUCCCUUCAUCCCCAACACCAAGUACUUGGGCUACAGCGUCUCCCCAAAACUGCACUAUGGCCUGCCUGAUGGAACCAGCUAUCUCUAGUAUCCUUGCCUCGCCACAUCUGCGUUCUACCACUGCUGAUGUCCAUGUUUUUCCACCCUCCCUAUAUCCCUUCCCAAUGCUCUCUGCUCUUUUCACCCCCUUAAUCUAUUUUAAGCAUGGAGCAGUGUUGUCCCUGACUGUGUCUCAGCUACCCGUCUGGUUCAGUAGCAGUGUGCCAGCUGCCCAGUGCCAUGCCCAGAGGGGGCGUUUACACAAACAUCUUCUCUGACAGUCCCUAUGACAUCCUGAUGGCCUCCUUCAAGCCCAGUGGCCAUGGUGUUGUGUACCACACAGGCAAGCACAGGUAUGGUCAGAUCCUCAGCUGUUUGAAACCAGAUUACACUAACACAGGGGUUAUCAAAGUGUGGUCGGUGCCCCCCUGGGGGUCGGCGGAGGUGCUGCAUAAUAAAAAAAGAUAUAUAUAUACUGUAUAUAUUACUAACAACAACAGACUAAACACAUUUUGGCCAAGGGAUUAGUGGAAUAAGUUAAGAUGGUGUAAUGCAAUACAAUGUAAUAUUAUUAAUCUACAAUUUCUGUUCUUAAGCCUGGGCAACAUGGGCCUGGGUCACAGGGAUAUUGGUAUCCACAGUACUCCACUAAUUAUAAAUUUUUUGAACUCAAUACUUCUUGAUUAUUUUUUACAUAAAUGCACUGUAAUUUAAACUUUAAAACUGCAAAGUUGUCUCUCUGCCUCAUGGAAAAAUGUAUAACAUUGCAGGAUAUUAGCUUUAAAGCUGCAACAACAAAAAUUAUCUUUGCCAUAUGACAAAAUGUGUAGAAUUGCAGGAAAUUAGCUUGAAAACUGCAACGUUUUCUCUCCAAUGCCAAGAGACGGGCGUUUAAAAUGUUCCUUCCCAGGGCCAGAGACUUGGUUUGUCUGGCCAUGCACUGCCGAAGUCAUAGUAAAACUCCUUGUCUGCUAUUUUUAUCUCACUCGAGUUGUGUUAUGAGGGGUCCCAAAAAGGUUGAGAACCCCUGAACUACAGAUGUGCAGUAAUGAUAGCAAUGCAAUCACAAACUUUAGCAGUCAUUUCAAGAGUAAACCUAUGAGUGUCCCUUAAAGAGUCCGUAAACUAAGGACUGUGUGUUGUGUGAUCAGGUCCAGUUGGGUUGCCUUGUUGGUAGGAUCCUUGGGAGGUCAGCAGUACACAAGAGAGGGCUGUCUGACUAAGGAGUGGACCUUCAACCCCAGGUCUCAGAAUGAAGUUCUGCACAAAUACAAGGUGUGUGUGUACGUACGUACGUACGUACGUGUGUGUGUGUGUGUGUUUGUGUGUGUGUGUGGCCCAAACACAUUUACUAUAGAUUUUGUGUGUAUUCAUCAGGUGAACGAGAACAUAACACUGACCUUCAGUAACCACUUGAACAUGACCCUGAUAUUCAGCGUCCUGGCGGAGAAUGACAUCACCUUGAGUCUGAGGGAGGUGGAGCCGGUAAGAACCCAGAAUCUAAGAGGCAUCUGUAUAGAACCCCUAAACACAGUUCUACAAACAUAUUUUGAAAUGUGGUUAAUUUUCUAUAUAUAAUUUAGCAAAAUCCACUGGCUCCAGGUCAUCUAUAAAUCUAUAAAUCACUUCUAGGCAAAUCCCCGCCUUGUCUUAGAUCAUUGGUCACCAUAGCAACACCCACCCGUAGUAUGCGUUCCAGCAGGUAUAUGUCACUGGUCAUCCCCAAAGCCAACACCUCCUUUGGCCGCCAUUCCUUCCAGUUCUCUGCUGCAAAUGACUGGAACGAACUGCAAAAAUCUCUGAAGCUGGAGACACUUAUCUCCCUCACUAUCUUUAAGCAUCAGUUGUCAGAGCAGCUUACCGAUCACUGCACCUGUACACAGCCCAUCUGAAAUUAGCCCACCCAACUACCUCAUCCCCAUAUUGUUAUUUACGUUGUUAUUUAUUUUGCUAAUUUGCACCCCACUAUCUCUAUUUGCACAUCAUCUUCUGCACAUCUAUCACUCCAGUGUUAAUACUAAAUUGUAAUUAUUUUGCACUAUGGCCUAUUUAUUGCCUUACCUCCAUAACUUACUACAUUUGCACACACUGUAUAUAGAUUUUCUAUUGUGUUAUUGACUGUAUGUUUUGUUUAUUCCAUAUGUAACUCUGUGUUGUUGUUGUUUUUAUCGCACUGCUUUGCUUUAUCUUGGCCAGGUCGCAGUUGUAAAUGAGAACUUGUUCUCAACUGGCUGACCUGGUUAAAUAAAGGUUAAAUAAAAAUAAAAUAAAAACAGGAUGGACAUUUAUGAGUGAGACAUACAGACUAACAACAUGAAACAUAGGAAAAUGUAUAAAACUGAGUGUUUAUAUUUAUUUAGCUUUGCACCAUUGUUUUCCCACCAAAGAAAUGACACUUCCUGAAUGUCAUUGUAGGAAGGGGUUGUUUUCUUAAAGGAGAAUUACAACAAACUAACAGGGUGGAUAGUGAUAUCAGGGACACAGGAAAUCUUAAAUAAAAGAAUGGUAAAUACAUUAAAAAAACGUUAUUGAUGAGAGAGAAUUCAAAGAUGCACUAUGCAGAAAUCACUCCGCCAUUUCGGGUUGCUAAAAUUCUAAAAGUUAGCCUAAUUUCAGUUUGUGACAAAACAAGCAAGUAUAGUGUAGAGAAUCAUUGUACCAUCUAAACCGCUGUGAAAUAUAUUUUCCAUAACCAAAAAUAUUGUAUUUUCAACUGUUUGAAGCUGGUGUACAAAACUGAAAGUAAAAUAUGCAAAAACGAAACGUAAGAAUGGGAAGCAUAGAAAUAGCGCACAUAGAACAGAUCUACCGCUUCUUAGACUUGCUUUUAAUGAGAAGGACAGAUCUAUAACACACAUUUCUAUGUGAAUUUGGUCGGUCGCCCAAAUAUGUACAUACAGUGCCUUCGGAAAGUAUUCAGACCCCUUGACUUUUUCCACAUUUUGUUAUGAUAAGGCUGUAACUUAACAAAAUGUGGAAAAAGUCAAGGGGUCUGAUUGCUUUCCGAAGGCACUGUAUUGCAGCUUUAACUAGAACUAUAAAAUAAUGAAUCAUUUUAUUAUUUUAUGGCUUAUAUUGAUGAACACCUGGGGACAUGGCAAAAAUGCCAACAUCCACUGGAAAAAAGUUUUCAAAAUACAUAACACUCCCUUUCAAGAUCCAUAUUUUGGUGUUUUUAAGGUAAGGUAGAUUUUGGCAUUGGCGGUAAGAAUGUCUAAUUCACCAUCUACGUUGGCGGGUGGUCACACUCAGGGCUCUAUAGUGCGAGCAUUUCAUAAAAAUAGUCAAAAGUCAAGUAUGGGCACAUGUGUGAGUUGUGAUUUAUAGCAAAAUAAAUGCUGCAGUAGCUGUUUUCAAAGUAUAAUCUUUUUUGGGGGGCUGGGGGGCCCCUAGCGGCCUGGGGCCCUAAGCGACAGCUUAUUUGUCUUUUUCCCCUGGCGCUGCACAUUGAACCAUGUCUGUCACUGUAGCACUGAAGAGGACUGUGUGAUGUUGUUUAUUUGUCUCACGUCAGACAUCACAGAUUUACUGCACAACAUUUACAGGACUAAAUACAUUAACACAUAAAUUGGUUUAUUCAUUGAUGCAUAAUUUUCCUUUAAAAGGUGUAAUUGUCACGCCCUGGCUCUGGGGACACUGUUAUGUUGAGCCAGGGUGUGUAGAUUUCUGUGUUAUAGUUCUAGGUGUUUCAUUUCUAUGUUGGCCAGUGUGGUUCUCAAUCAGAGGCAACGAGUGUCAGCUGUGGCUGGUUGUCUCUGAUUGGGAACCACAUUUAUACAGGCUGUUUUCCCACAGUAGUUGUGGGAUCUUGUUUCGAGUUGGUUUGUGUUAGACCGUGAACUGUUACGUUAUCGUUUUGUUUAUUUUGUCGUUUAUCGCUAAAUAAAGAGUAUGUUUGCCUGCAACGCUGCGCCUUGGUCCUCCUCUCUUACCGACGAUCGUGACAGUAAUGUGUAAAUGUGUAAGAGAUAUUUAUUUAUUUGGUAUUUGUUUGAUGUGUUUUACUUAGUGUCAGUAUGGAAGACAAGACAGCCUUCACUGUAGGAGGUUUAUGAUCAGUAUGGAAACAGCACUGUUUUCUGUCUUUGCUGUUGUCUAUUGUAUCUGUUUUACUUCUCUCCUUCCCUCUAUCCCCUCCUCUCACAUCCCUCUCACUCUCACUUCCCCUCUUAUCCCCCCUUCCCUCCCUCUCCUCCUUUCCUUCCCUCUAUCCCCUCCUCUUUCAUCCUUCUUACUCCCCCUCUUAUCCCUCCCUCCCUCCCUCUUCUCCUUUCCUCCCACUCCUCCCCAUGUAUAGCCUGUGAGUAGUGGAAGGGAGGGGCCAGGGCAAGCAGGGGUGGAGUCAGUGGAGGUCGAGGCCUACAGGGCGGAGUUACAGGGGAUCAGGAAGAGAGUGAGAGAUACAGCGCUGCGCUGGCUCCAACUCUACCUGGUGGCCACAGGUAUCCCAUCACCCUAUGGGCUAUUCUCCAUGAUAGAUGGCCCUUGAACAACCCUGUUUGUUGUGUGAUGUUUAUUGCUUGUUAACUAAACUACUAGUCUUCUAGCUAUACUCCCUUUUCUUCAUCCCCCAGGUCUCAGUGAUGAACCACUGCUCCCAGACUACAAAUCCAGACCACCUAAACGCAAAGAGGCUUGGACCGCAACUCCCACCGUUGAGGAGAUCCCACCUACCUUUGUGCGUCCAGCCCGUCUGAGGAGGAAGGUCCCGAGGCCGGCCACCUGCAGCCUGCACAUGUCCACACCAGCCAACCUGUUCAGACCUGCCUUGCACAGGUGACACACACACACACACACACAUACAGAUACACACACACACGUACAGAUACACACACUAAUCUUACAGUCUCUCUCUCCCACAGGGCAAAGUCUGCAGGCCUGCCAUGCUUCUCCUCCCUCUCAGCCCUCUCCCCCAGUGAAACUCCUCCCUGCCCUGUGGUUCUCAGACUCCUCCUCCUCCACAGCUCUCAGACUCCUCCUACUCCACAGGGCUGCCACUGCUCAACCCGCCUUCCCCUCCUGUCUGACCUAGAGCUGGAGCUGUUUCUCCGGGCCCCCUGGGCCCCCCGGGGCCACAUCCUGGUGGUCUACGUCACUUCCUCCCUCUGCCCCCCGCCCAGGGGCCGCAACGUGGAGGUCAUCCUGCGGAGGGUCCACCACAGGCAGGUCCAUGCCUCCACCAACCCCUGUGCCAAGGUGAGGAGCUGGGGGUGUGGAGGAGGUGUUACUUCUGUCCAAACGAUACUCAUACUAUCCAUAUAUGGUGCACUGCUUUUGGUCUCUGAUCCCAAAUGACCGCAGUACGUCAGAAAGUGGUGCACAAUAUGGGGAAUAGGGUGUCUUUAGGGACAUACUGUAUGUAGCCUGUGUCUGAUCAUGGCUCAGACCAGAGUUGCCAGGUGUAGCUAGAAUUACUAGAUCAAUGACCACUCAAAACCCGCCAACAAGGCCUGAAAACGACCCACAUUUAUUGGGGGGCAGCAAGAGAGGAGUUGCCAGAUUUAUCCAAUAGGUGUUUCCAUUCAUUGUUUUCACAUCACUUUUCAUGACUUGUGCACAUGCUGCUCUCCUCUCACUCACGUGACUCAGCUGCCUGCUGCAGCGCUCUCUCAACACACACACCCUUCCGGCCCUCCCCCUCCCUCCUCACCACUCACUCGGCAACAGCCUGCCUCACUGCCUGAUAGUCAGCAGCAGCAGGUCACAGUGAAAAUAAUAGAUUUUUAAAAACCAGAGAGAAAUGCCAUGGCGGCCGCAGUGAAAUUUAGAAGUAGCCCAACAACCCGAAACCAACGACCAUUUCAUUUUCACCCACAACAUCGUUUUCAAAGUAGCCCAAUUGCUACAAAACCGCAGACAUGGCAACCCUGGCUCAGACAUACAGUGGGAGUAUGCUGGAUGAUUUAGCUGUUUGUUGAUUGUUAAUAAUUAUGAUAUGUAUGUCUGUGACAGAGUUCUCAGGACCCGUUCAGGCUGGUCAAAUACGACACAGACACGGCCACUCGUCUGACCCAGUCAUCACUUCCUGUCCUGGUCCAGAGGCACGGCGUUGGACCCGGAACACUUUUGGUACAAUACAGGGGGGCACAAGGAGGAACGGGGGUUUGGAAGUAGUUGAUUAUGGUUGGGACAGCCCAGCUAGCACAGAACGUUCUGAGAGCCAAAUGUUUCUUAGAGCUUGGCGAGAGUAUGGUUGUCCUAUGGUUAUUUUGCAUAAAACCUUCUCACAACUUUCUGGGAAUGGUGCAGGAUAGUUGCUUGGCUUUGGAACAUUCUCAGCACAUUUAAGGAACUUGACAAAGUAAUGUUAUUUUCUUGGUAUUUCAUUACUUUAACAAAACGUUUCCUAAAAAUUGAAACAUGGUUACAUUUAAUAAAAUGUUUGGUAAUGUUCUACAUUUAUUUUUUGACAAAAUGUUUAAAAAAGGUAUAAUCUUCAUAAAUGAUAUUAUCGGUAGGACUGGUGGAGUUAUGUCACACAUGCAGCUAACAAAAACAUAUGGAAAUGUCUGCUCUACCCAAAAUUACAACCAAAUAAUUGCAGCCUUACCCCAAAAAUGGAAGAGGAAAGUGGAAGGGGGAGAAAGUAAGGAACUUGUCUGUCGGCCUUGCAUUAAAGAACAUAAUUGGUUAAGGAAAACUGUGAUAAAUAAAAAAGUAUAUCAGUUUAAUUUAAGGACCAAAGGAUUGACAGCCGUCCCAUAUAGAUUGCAAAAUAGUUGGGAAGAGAUUUUUGACGUACCGAUCCCAUGGCAUAGUGUUUAUGAACUGACACGCAAAACGUUAAUUAAUUUAAAUUAUUAUAUAAAAUUCUUGCUACUAAUAGAAUGUUAUUUAUAUGGGGGAUACAAUCUUCCCAGCUCUGCAGAUUUUGCUGUGAAGAGACAGAAUCAUUGGAUCAUUUGUUUUGGUUCUGUCCAUUUGUAGCUUGUUUUUGGACACAGGUCCAGGAAUGGCUAAAGGAUUGCAAUAUUUACCUGGAGCUAACCUGACUAUGACUUUUCAGAUCACCCAGUAAUGCUAUCUGCAUAUCAUUACUGGGUGAUCUGAAAAGUCAUAGUCAAUCGAUCAAUAAUAUAAUAAUACUUUUAGCAAAAAUGUUUAUUUUUAAUUCACAAUCUGUAGAAACAAUGAGAAUAGAAAGGUUCAGAACUUUUGUAAAACAUCACAGUACAGUUGAAAUAUACAGUAUAUGGCAAAUAGAAAUCCUAUAUGGAUGGUGUUAAGAGAUAGAUGGGAGGUGUUGAAUGGAGUUGAAGGAUGGGACUAAUAACAACUAACAACAAAUAAUAACAAGAUAACUAAUAAUGUAAGCAUACUGUGUCCAUAAUAAAUAUAUAGGUUGUAUGUUGGGAGCUUUUGGGAAAGAGCACAGUUAGAAAGAUAUGGCAUAUAGAAGCAAACCGGAUGGACAUCAUAAAAAUGAUCGGAGAGGUUGAGAAUAGAAGAAGUUCAGGAGAAAAAACAAACAAAAUAUAAUUAUUGUAAAAUUGACUGUGUCCAUAAAAUGUAUAUAGUAAGUAUAAGCUGGAAGUAGAGGCCUAAGGAUUGUUGUUCACUAAUUUAUCCCAAGUAGGGAAAGGAUGGCGGGGUUGAAAAGUAAUAAAGGGGAGUAUAUAUAUAAAAAACAUGGGGGAUUGGAAGUGAUGCAGACAAUUACAUUGAUGGAAGUUACAAUCUAUCUGCAAUAUUAAGCUGAUCUACCCCCCAAAAAAAUUAAAUAAAAAAUUGAAGUCAUUUACUAGACACUCUUAUUCAGAGUGACUUACAGGAACAAUUAGGGUUAAGUGCCUUUCUCAAGGGCACAUCGACAGAUUCUUCACCUAGUCGGCUCGGGGAUUCAAACCAGUGACCUUUCGGUUACUGGCCCAACGCUCUUAACCGCUAGGUCACCUGCCGCACUAGGACUGGUUUGACAUUGGGAAUGUUCUCAGAACAUUCAGAGAACAUUAAGAAAGUUAUUCUGUGGGAAUUUCAGUACUUCAGCAUAACGUUUUCUACAGGUUUCCUCAUGGUUCUAUUUAAAGUCAUGUUCUCAGAACAUUAAGAGCUUUCCAUAAAAAACACAAGAAAACAUUACUAACGUUCUAAGAAUGUUAUUUAAUAACAUAUUCAUUCUGUUCUCAGCGUCAACAAAACUCUCUCUAUCCUCUAUCUUGUUUAAAAAAACUGAAAGCGCGAACCACCGCAUUUAACCAUGGCAAGGUGACUGGGAAUGUGGUAGAAUAUAAACAGUGUAGUUAUUCCCUCCAUAAGCAAUCAAACAGGCAAAACGUCAGUACAGAGACAAAGUGGAGUCGCAAUUCAACGGCUCAGACACGAGACGUAUGUGCCAGGGUCUACAGACAAUCGCGGAUUACAAAGGGAAAACCAGCCACGUCGCGGAUACCGACGUCUUGCUCCCAGACAAGCUAAACACCUUCUUCGCCCACUUUGAGAAUAACACAGUGCCACCGACGUGGCCCGCUCCCAAGGACUAUAUUUCUUAAUUCCAUUAUUUUACUUUUAGAUUUGUGUAUUGUUGUGAAUUGUUAGUUACUACUGCACUGUUGGAGCUAGGAACACAAGCAUUUCGCUACACCCGCAAUAACCCGCUAAAUAUGUGUAUGUGACCAAUAAAAUGUGAUUUAAGUGUGUUCAGGUGUAUUGGCCGCACUCACUAAUUGGCCACACCUGAUCUUAAUGAGUGCUUGUUUCCUUUGAAAUGGGGUCUGUUUGAAUAGACUAAAAUGAACAGCUUUGUAAUGAGUUUUUUAAAAAACAUGGCAUGCUAGCUCCAUUCUGGUGGCGCAGUGGACUAAUACCAUGAAUAGAGAACAGAAGAUCAUAGGUUUGAAUCUCACUCGCUGUGCCAUAAUAAAAAAUGUGUGCCGAAGCAAAUUCAUUUCCAUGUGUCUUAUCUAUGCUUGCAGUUCAAAACCGUUAACCUAAGCUAGCAGUGUUAUUAAAAGUCUUAUUGAAACAUUCAGUGAAUAUUUUAACGAAGUUAUUCAUAAACCUCCAAAUACCCUUUACAUUUCGUUCAAAAUAUUCACAACAGAAUGUUCUCAGAACGUUAUUUAAUAACCUUCAAAUAACCUUUGAUUUCCGUUCUCAGAACGUUAAUUAAACCUCCCAGGAAAACUUUAAAGGAACCAUAGUAAAACGUUCUAAGAACCUCGCUGCAACCUAAAAAUUAACGUUCCCAGAACAGGUGACAUUUAAACUUCCAUUCUCAAUGUUUAAAAAAACGUUAAUUUAACCUGUCAGGAAAAUGAUGGCUUUGUUCCCAGAACCAAUGGGAAACCAAAAACAUAUGUUCCCACAACUUCCAAGGAACCAAAUGUGCUAGCUGGGAGUGUAGGAGAUCACUGUCCUACUGAAGGCUGGAGUGCUAUGGUUGUAUGUUAAUAGAUUUAACUUCCUCUUCUUGUCUCCUGUUCUCCAUGAUCACUGAUCUGGCAACAUUUGAAAGUUGGAGGCAAUAUGGUGGAAACCUCCCAGUUCUCUCAUGAAGGAAAGGAGACAAGGAAAAGGAGCCCAUGUUAUAGUAUUGAGACACAUCCUGUGUGUGUUUUGUGUAUCUCCUGUAUGGAGGGGCGGUGCGCUUCCUGGUUUGGUGGAGGGCAGACCCCCAUUCAAGCUUGACCGGGCCCCCCCUCUUUGUUUCCAUUUGCCUCUGGUGAGACUGGCCCAACAAACUGGGAAACAAUCACUCAGACAGUCACAGCUCUUCUGUCACCAUCGGUGUAUGUUUGCUAUGUGUGUUACUGUUUGUGUGUAUGUGAUUGUGUUUGUCUGCACUCCCAUUUAUGAAGAUGCAUUUAUGUGUUGCUGCCAGGGCACAUUUUGGAGGGAGGGAGAGAAGAAGAAUGUAAUAUGUUUCUAAACAUUAAUGUGGAUGCUACCAUGACUAUGGAUAAUCCUGAAUGAAUCGUGAAUAAUGAUGAGUGAGAAAGUUACAGAGGGUCAAAUGUCAUACCCCCAAGACAUGCUAACCUCCUCUUUUAGACCCAUGGGCGGGCAGUGCAAAUAGUCUGGGUAGCCAUGAUUAGCUGUUCAGGAGUCUUAUGGCUUGGGGGUAGAAGCUGUUGAGAAGCCUUUUGGACCUAGACUUGGCGCUCCGGUACCGCUUGCCAUGUGGUAGCAGAGAGAACAGUCUAUGACUAGGGUGGCUGGAGUCUUUGACAAUUUUGAGGGCCUUCCUCUGACACCGUCUGGUAUGGAGGUCCUGGAUGGCAGGAAGCUUGGCCCCAGUGAUGUACUGGGCCGUACGCACUACCCUCUGUAGUGCCUUGCGGUCGGAGGCCAAGCAGUUGCCAUACCAGGCGGUGAUACAACCAGUCAGGAUGCUCUCGAUGGUGCAGCUGUAGAACUUUUUGAGGAUCUGAGGACCCAUGCAAAAUCUUUUCAGUCUCCUGAGGGGGAAUAGGCUUUGUCGUGCCCUCUUCACGACUGUCUUGGUGUGUUUGGACCAUGAUAGUUUGUUGGUGAUGUGGACACCAAGGAACUUGAAGCUCUCAACCUGCUCCACUACAGCCCCGUCAUUGCUUUAUUUUAUAUGUAACUAAGGUGUAUUUCCAUGUUAUUAUGCAGCUAGAUAGAGACACUGUAAAAUUACUUUCUCUGUGCUAGAUGGCCACGAAAUUAGAUUUGUUGUAUUUUGCCCUAAAGUUGUGGUUUCUAACCAAAACCAUAUCCAAAUUUGCAAUUUUCUUCUAUAUUUUUUUUUUUUUACCAACCUAACACCCUUUACUGUCUUCUCUCCCUUUGUGUGAAACUGGUAAUGUGUGUCCACAGAUGUAUGCCGGGGGAAAGUUGAUUUUCGGAGGCAGUGCUCUGAACGGCUAUGGCUUCAGCAAGACCAACCUCCUGAAGCAGAUUGCCAAAACCCAGAGUGACUACGCCAAGGGAAACUUCCUGCCUCAUGACUACAAACUGGGGUGAGUCUGGCACAGAACCACAUAGGACCAUUACUGUGCUCACUGACUGCUCAAACAGCCAAGGGUUGUCCCAAAAUCAGCCUGUGGGUUAACAUGAUCAGUGGGGUCAUCUAGACCAGGGGUUUUCAAAAUGUUCUUGCCUAGGGACCCCCGCCCAGGCAAACCGGCUACCCAGGGACUCCAUAGUAUGUGAGCAAAGAAAAUUAAUCACGUCUUAUCAUCAGGUGAAUGAUAAUGGCAAGUAAAAUUAAUCAACAUUUUAAAAUGAAUAGAUUUGAUCGACAGUUUCAUUAUUUUGACCUCCCCACAGUUCAUUGGAAUAGGAAGUGUAAACUCCAACAUAGCGUUUUAGCUAGAAAGGUAUCUUGGCGCGAAGAGAAUAUUUAGCUGUUGUAAAGCUAUUUCUCUGCAAUUCUACAAAUUUUUCCAUUGAACUGAGAGACAAUUUUGCAGUUUUAAAGCACAUUUCCUGCAAUUCUAUGCAUUUUGCCAUAGCUAAUGCUGUGUUCCUCUGCUCAAACAUUAUAACAAAAUCAAUGGGCAAGUGCCCUGAAUACCCUGUUUUUGCAAUUUUCGAUUCUCCCUGACUGUUUAGCUUUUAUUUUAUUGUUAGUUCUCAAAGAUGGUAUUAUUUAAAGUCCCGAAAAUGGUGUACUAUGUCACAAAUGUGCAAAUAUAUGCACCACGUCAUUGCUCUCUCUCUCUCGAUCUACUGUGUGUGCGUCUUGCUAGCUGUCACUCAAAUUCAGACGGGCUGAAGCGCAUUGGCUGGAAUUCGAAUUGCUAGGGGGCUGGCCCACGUGGGGGAAAAUGGCGCCACCCAGCUUCCAGAAAACAGUCGCUUUCAAACUAGGGAUUUCGUGGCUAAUUUGUAUUUAUUAUGGAUCCCCAUUACAUAUAUACAGUACCAGACAAAAGUUUGCACACACCUACUCAUUCAAGGGUUUUUCUUUAUUUUUACUAUUUUCUACAUUGUAGAAUAAUAGUGAAGACAUCAAAACUAUGAAAUAACACAUAUGGAAUCAUGUAGUAACCAAAAAAGUGUUAAACAAAUCAAAAUAUAUUUUAUAUUUGAGAUUCUUCAAAGUUGCCACCCUUUGCCUUGAUGACAGCUUUGCACACUCUUGGCAUUCUCUCAACCAGCUUCAUGAGGAAUGCUUUUCCAACAGUCUUGAAGGAGUUCCCACAUAUGCUGAGCACUUGUUGGCUGCUUUUCCUUCACUCUGCGGUCCAACUCAUCCCAAACCAUCUCAACUGGGUUGAUGUCGGGUGAUUAUGGAGGCCAGGUCAUCUGAUGCAGCACUCCAUCACUCUCCUUGGUCAAAUAGCCCUUACACAGGCUAGAGUUGUGUUUUGAGUCAUUGUCCUGUUGAAAAACAAAUGAUAGUCCCAUUAAGCGCAAACCAGAUGGGAUGGUGUAUCGCUGCAGAAUGCUGUGGUAGCCAUGCUGGUUAAGUGUGCCUUGAAUUCUAAUUAAAUCACUGACAGUGUCACUAGCAAAGCACCCCCACACCAUCACACCUCCUCCUCCAUGCUUGACGGUGGGGACCACACAAGCGGAGAUCAUCCGUUCACCUACUCUGCAUCUCACAAAGACAUGGCGGUUGGAACCAAACAUUUCAAAUUUCGACUCAUCAGACCAAGGACAGAUUUCCACCAGUCUAAUGUCCAUUGCUCGUGUUUCUUGGCCCAAGCAAGUCUCUUGCAUGGCCCAAGCAAGAAAAACCCUUGAAUGAGUAGGUGUGUCCAAACUUUUGACUGGUCAAAAGUUGACACACCUACUCAGGUGUGGAUCUGUUGGGGCGGUAUGCGAAUUGGAGUGGGUCCAGGGUUUCUGGGAUGAUGGUGUUGAUGUGAGCCAUGACCAGCCUUUCAAAGUAUUUAAUUGCUACAGAUGUGAGUGUGAGAAUUAUCAUGUUUUUGCUCAGUCAGUGUGAAAAUUAUGUUUUUGCUCAGUCAGUCUGAGAACUAUCAUAUUUUGGCUAAGUCAGUGUGAGAAUUAUCAUGUUUUGCGAUCAAAUCAAAUCAGUACAUUCACACAGGCCAAUGGACAUGUGUUAACUCGUUCCAGCUCUUAAAGCAAAGGCAUUGACAGGGAUGUAAAAUAUAGUGUGUAUUGGCAUCAGAGAGAGUGUGUAGAUGUAUGAGUGUGCUUGUAUGAGUGUUUAUAGGGAUUGUGCAGUGUCAGAUCAAUGCUGUGAUGGAUGAAAUGGAAAGUGAGAGCAUCCUCUUGGCCUGGAGAGCAAGCAGGCCUGUGGCCAAUGACUUCAAGUGGACUGUAGUGUUAGUUUGUCACCUAGCUCUCCUUGAUAGAUCCCAAGGCUGGGAGGCCAAGUGUCCCCCUCAAACUGAGCCAGCAGGACCCAGUAAAGUGGACAGGCAAAUGAAAGACAGACCCCUCAGAUCCCGAUCCUCCUGCUCCCACUACAAGGAGAACCGGUUCCCUGAUAAGCUUCUAUCCAGGUAAACACACGCACACACACACAAAUUGUGAAACAUGUUUCAGCUGUCCAAAAUUAUUUUUAUGUUAGUGGAAGAAGUUUAAAUUAGGCUAGUGUAUUGUACACACACACACACACACACACUCCUUUCCCCCUAAGGUCUCUAGGGGGCACGGCCCUGGACUUUGUGGUGUCCAGCAUGUCAGACAGGGUGUGCAUCCUGGCCAUGCAGAGCAAGAGGCGGAGCAUAGCCAGACCUGCCACCACAGCCUAA